UCUUGUCGGUGUUCCAACUUGGUUCCCCGUUCAACCUCGCUCCUCCGACUCCACCAUUGUCCGAAGCGUUCGACGUCUUCCGUGAACAGGCGUCUCAUCCCGCUGGGCCCCAUGUCCAUAACCGACGCCGUGUCGCGCGGCGAAUCUCUCCCGCCCGAUGAAAUCGGGGCAAUGCUUCCCCGGCCUCCAGCCUGUUCGACACCGAGGCUCGAAGCGGCCGAGGGGAGUGAAGAUAGAUCGCCCGAGCGCCGCCUGCUCUGUCCGCCAUGCUCCGAGCUUGAUUUCGAUGAAAUAUUCCGCGUGGCGGAUGCCUAUUUCGCUACGUACCAGGUCAACGGCUGGAUCCAGGUUUCCAAAAUGCGAACCGAGUCGUCAUCCGAUGGCCUCUUCGUUCAGGAUCUUGGGUAUCGUCCCACACAGCCCGGCAGCUGUCCGCUGUGCUCAUUCUUCGGGGUCGUUCGGGGCCCGGACACUCGAGGACCAUUCGAGCUGCGCGCUUUCUCGAGCGUGACGUGCAGCUCGUUUCUCAGCAUCCGAGUGGACCCAUCAAAUGCCCUCUGCGCGUCUCAGAACGCCUUCUUGGCCGUUGUUCCCUCCAAGCCCGUCGAUUUUUUCCGUUCCGCCAUGCCAUCUUCGUGGCACCCGAUGUACCGUGCAUUGCCCGGAGAUCCAACACCCAAACCUCCCGGAAUAUGGGCUAGGGAACUUGGGCUCUCCGUUGACUUCAGUAUGGUGAAGGGGUGGUUCUCCUUCUGCAAAGAACACCAUUGUGAAACCUGCAACCUUCGGAAGUACCAGGCGCCCGAAAGCCUACCGGGGUUCCGACUUAUAGACUGCGAUUCGAGCUCGUUGGAUGUCGUCGAGCAACAACCGACGGUCGAGUAUGCCGCCCUGAGUUACGUUUGGGGCGAAAAUAUCGAGGAAGCCGGUCCCUGGCCUACGGUUAUUUCCGAUGCCGUCCUCGUGACCCGUCAGCUAGGUCUUCGGUAUCUUUGGGUUGACAGGCUAUGCAUCGACCAGGAGGACGCGCAAACCAAGCAUUUCCUCAUCUCGAAUAUGGAUGUGGUGUACCGGAGCGCCGAGAUCACUAUCAUUGCGGCCGCGGGCUCGACCGCAGAUCACGGCUUGCCAGGCGUAGGGACAGCGAAGCGGAAACCACAACCCAAGAUUCAGAUCGGCGCCACAGUGUUGGCUUCCCCCCUGGAAAACUGCCGCGAGGAUAUUUAUCGAUCGACAUGGUGGACGAGGGGAUGGACCUACCAAGAGGGCGUUCUGGCAAGGAGGAGGUUGGUUUUCACCGAAAGCCAGGUCUACUGGGAAUGUGAAAGCAUGGUCACUUGGGAGGCCAUCCACUUGCCGCUGGAGUCGCUACACGCCAAGCACAAAUUCCAAAUGGACGAAUGCAUGAACGCCAGUGUUUUCAGCGGCAAGCGCGGCGGACCAUUCCAAGAGUACAGGACUCUGUCCAUGGGAGAGGAGAACGACGAAUCCCUGUACAAGGCCGCCAUGCACAUCCACAACUUCACAGGGAAGAACCUGACGUUCCCCACCGAUUCGCUGCUUGCGAUGCAAGGGAUCCUGAAGCACUGCUGCGUUUCAAAUCCCUGUCUUGCGUUUCUCCAUGGCAUGCCCUUAGUUCUAAAAUCGUCGAACUCCGUUGAGCCUGGAACUGCACGAUUGAUCUCACUCGCCGCGGCACUUACGUCCUGGGGCCACACCCCCAUAAACAACUCGAGUCGCGCUGUACGCCUUCAACACCUCCCAUCAUGGACCUGGGCAGGAUGGAAGGGGCAAGUGGAAUGGGACGCUGGAGGAGCGUCUUACCACGAUGUCAUCCCGGAUAUUCUGUCCAUGUACCCCUGGUCAGGCGUUGGCUGGGCCACGGAUAUCCGUCUCCGUCCUCGCGAAGGUGAGCUCUACCAAACGCAAAGCAUAGCAGAUGCUUCCGAGGAUGCCCUGCUGGAACCGGAUUUCGAUGGCGUGCUCUACCUUCCGCAGCCAUAUGUCAUGUCUUACCGCGACCUCCUGGUGGAGACCGAGCAUUUUCCGUGGGUGGCUUCAGCAAGCGGAACCAGUCAGCAACUGGACAUGUACCUGUACCUAUCGGACUGCGAGACCGCCGAUGUUCCGGGGAGCCCGACCGAUAAGACGAUCAAAGGGGAUUUGCGUUUGGUGCUCGUGGCGAUCUCGUGGGACGAAAAGAGAGGCACUAAAGCGGGGUUCCUCGCCAUUCGGCCCACGACACCGUCGGAAGCAAGGGCGUCGUUGGACCACAUCGAAUACUGCGAGAGGAUCGGUGCUGCUUGGGUUAAUCUUCCGCUGUUGAGGCUUUAUUGGGUAGUGUCGAAGAGUCUCGUGGUGGCGGAGGAGUUGCGACUGCAGCGUAUGACAAAGGACAUUGCGCUCUGUUAGUCCGCCUUCAGGGAAGGGAGGGAGUCAGGUAGCUUUCGUUGCUCGCCACUCCAAGAACCAUCCAAACAUGGGCCGUUCGCGCCGUGGCGAAAGUUGCACGAAAGUAUCUACCUAGAUGGGACGGCACGAAUGGGACCUGGAAACCGACGAACCGGAACUGUGCUGGCUAGUGGACGAUCAUUUCGUGACCUAGUGUAUAUUCAGCAGGGGAGGAGUGAAAGGGCGGAUGCGAGUGACAGUGGAACGGGACGUACACUACUAGCUGCUGCAGAGCGUGUGUGUGUAGAGGCUAGGUGUUCAUUUGUCUUCAAAUAGAAGUUCAAGAUUAGCGUCUGAAGUACGAGCACCUUCUUCCUGUAACUCCCUUGAGUGAGUUAC